CCGAACAAUCUCUGUUUCUUGGCUAAUUUGCAAUGGGGAAUAACUUCUGGUCUACGUGGUCUCCCUCUCAGCGCAUAUUUUCUCUUAUUUGGCCAGCGACUAUUCUCUACCUUAUCAUGAAGCUGUUGAUUGAGAAGAUGUGGGGAAAAAAUCGUGGAGCUGUCGAACGGUUCCAGACUCGUCGUGAAGCGCUCUUUGAUGACUUUAAAUCUCGUUCGGCACCCGCCAGUUUGGUUAACAAUCCGAGAAUUGUGAAAGGAAACGAGACGGCCGAGCAGAUUGAGACCACUUUCAAUGAGAUUUUGAAGCUUGAUCUGAUCGCGUUGAAGUCCGCCCUUCAAACGGACAAGUACAAUGCCUACACAGUUCUCUGUGCAUUUGUGUGGCGUGCAAUUGACGUCAAUUCGGAGAUCAAUUGCAUUACUGAGGUCAUUCGAGAAGCUUUCAACACGGCAGAAGCUCUUGACGAUAACUAUGCACAGACUGGUGAAAAGGGGCAACUCUUUGGUUUGCCAUUUUCUGUUAAAAGUAACUUUUAUAUGGAAAACUAUGACGUCACCGUGGGUCUUGCCAAACUACUGGAGCAACCAAAGACGACGACAUGUCCGAUGGUUCAGUUCCUAUCCGAUCAGGGUGCCGUCCCAUUCUGCUUGACAAAUGUUCCACAAGGGCUUCUCUCCUAUGUGAGCUCUAAUCCCAUCUACGGAACUACAAAGAACCCGUGGGACUUCUCUCGAACACCCGGUGGAUCAUCUGGAGGUGAAGCUGCACUGCUUGCCGCUGGUGGCGCCGCUUUCGGAAUCGGUUCUGAUCUUGCUGGAAGUCUGAGAAUCCCGGCCGCGUUCUGCGGUCUCGUCACUCUGAAACCCACACAGGAUAGGCUGUGUGUCACAGACACCCAUGGAGGGCUUCCAGGCCGUGGACGCCUUGGAUUAAGCUUCGGAUUCUAUACGAGAAGUGUGAAAGAGCAAGAGUUCCUACUUGGGUUGAUUGUGGGAAGAUCGGAAUAUCUUGAGCUGUGUCCGAUGUCAUCGCCAGCGAAACUUGAGAAGCAUAUUGAGAAGGACCAGAAGCUUGUGAUCGGAUGGUUCGUGGAUGAUGGAUUCAAUCCAGUUGUGCCAUCGAAUCGCAGAGCUGUUGAGGAAACUGUCAAGAGUCUUCAGGCCAAAGGGCAUCAAGUUGUGGAGCUCAAAUUGGCUGAUGUUUCUGAAGAGUUUCCACCAUUUGCAGUGGCUGAUAUGCUUUUUAGGAAUGUGAUGCCCGACAACGGAGCAUACAUGUCUGAAAUGUAUGCCGGUGAGCAAUACGACGAGCACAUGAAGCUUUUCAUUCGUUUGGUGUGUCUCAAGCAAAACUUUUUGGUCAGCUUCUUGCUCCGAUACGGUGUGAUGCCAUUUGCAAAGUUGGCUCUUUCGAAGAGGCUCGCUUGUAUUGGAAGUGCUUAUAAUUCGGAUUUGGCGGCUUGUCGGCAGAAUCAGGAGAACACUGAUAGCUAUAAGCUGCAGUGGAUUAGAUAUUGGAAGAGCAAGAAAAUUGAUGCAUUGAUUUGUCCUUCUUUUAUUACUCCAGCUCAACCGUUCGAAUAUCCGGCUCAACUAUCAAAUGGAGCAUUCAUAACCGGACUAUUCAAUAUGCUUGAUGUCCCAGCUGGCGUCGUUCCAGUUUCCCCAGUCAACCAGAAAGACGUUGAUCAAUUGAUUGAUGGAUUCUCUACCGAAGGAGAUUUGCUUCUGAAAAAGCAACGAGAAGCUGCUCGAGGCACCACCGGGUUGCCGAAUGCUGUACAGGUCGUAACUCUUCCGAAUUGUGAAGAAAUGUGCCUUCGUGUCAUGAGACUUGUUGAAGAGUCGGCUGAAGGUGUUCAACGACUUCAGUGGAGAGUUGGAGCAUCGGCGGCUCCGAUUGAUGUGGAGAACACGCCGGCUGGAGUUGUGAGCAGCUUGGAGCAUUUCGAACGUGUUAAUCUUCUUCAUUAGUUGCUAUUUAUAACUGGUUUUUCAUGUGGUGUCAGGCUGUCCCAUAACGGCUUGAUCUACGAAAAAUGAGGGAAUUUUUUUUUUAAUUCCCGCGAUUCUCGGAGAUCAACCCGACAUGGGACACUCUGACACCACUUGGGUUUUUGAUGUGAUAUUCCUGAUAUGUAUUCUAUUUUGAACGUUCAUUAUUAAUGUAUUUUUUGUCUCUGUG